CACGGUAGCGCUGGCUGCGCAGCAGCAUUUUCUCGCGAUUGCUCGUGGCGGCAAGUGCUUGUCGUGUCGUCGUUGUGUUAUCGCGCUCGCGGCGUCCUUUUCGUCGUAUCUCGCCUCUCAUCUGUUUUCGCCAGUCUCGUUCCGGCGUUCCCUCUUCUCUCGCCGCGAGCGAGAGUCUCUCGAAGUUACGCGAGUGCUCCGCGUACGACGGGACGAUGUCGUCGACGGUCAAGUACACGUCGGAUGAGAAGCUGAGCGAAUCAUGGGUGGAGCUGGUGCCGGACCCACCGCUAGCUGCCCGGAUAACGCCGACACCUUUUAGUAUCACCGGCGAACGUGAAUACCUGCGACUUCUUCGAGAAGCACAGAGAGAUUCUACACAUUCAUCCGCGAAGCAUUCUUUGGCGUCCUCGCGCCGGGAUACUCCAAGGGACAGCCCGAAGAGCCCGCCGAAUAGCCCAAACACGGAACUCUCGACCGAAGAUGAACUCAAAGGCGUAUAUAUAAAUUACAACUGCAACAAGGAGGGUGAACUUCUAGAAAAGAAUACGGAUUGGAUCUACGAAUGGAGCUCUCGACCGGACCAGGCGCCGCCAAAAGACUGGAAAUUCAAACAUCCUCUGGGCAGUAAGAGAAAAACAUACAGCAUCCGCACGGCAAAGGUUGGCAAGAACGGAUUGUUUUCCAAGGAGGUCAUUUACACCCUGUUCUUUACGAAUCUUUUGUCUCUGCUCAUUGGGACCGGUCUAGGCGUUUUGCUCACUAGGCGGGGCUUGAUGAUGUCCCGCGUCGCCAUUGAGUGAAGAACAUGAUUCCGGGGUGUGUCAGCAUCAGAAUUUGAUCACGGUUGAAUCUGGCGAGGAGGGGAAGGCUGGAGAUGCAAGAAAGACUGAACAAGCCGGUGGGCGAUCGAGCCUAAAAACAGUUACACGCAGCACAUAAUUCGAUUGUCCCGAUUUAUUAUAUUAGCACUUUGUAUUAUAUAUUAGCACUUUUACUUCCCCAAUCCCUUUUAACUGUACGGUGUACUUCUAAAAAAAUUUCGUAUAUCAAGUAUAAGUAAUGCGCAUUAUAUGCUUAGGAAAAGGAAAAGGCUAAGAAAAAUAAGAAAAAUAAGCAAAAAAAAAAGAUGGAGAAAAGAAACUAUCGUAUAUAGUUACAGAGAGUUGUUGAAAGAAACAGGAAAAUGAACGAAACGAAUGUCCAUUUUAUACCGUUUCUAAUGCGUUUCUAUCCGCGAUAGUUUGUAGGCAUAGCUUGAAUAGUAUUUAUCUGAAACUAAUUAUAUAUAUUGUUAGAACG